AUGGCCGAAGGGCAAACUCGCGCUCUAAACACGGCUUUUGCCCCGCCGCCUCCUUUAUGGAAACACUUCACGCCCGACAAUAUCAAGAAGUUCGAGGAGAUUAAGAAAGAGGCCUCUAAAGGAGAUGACGGGAAGCCUACGAAGAAAAAGUGGUCGCCUUCUGAAUUGCGAGCGCUUGAACUCCCAUCAGAGCUUCGUUACCUGGCACCGCCGGAGAUACCUACCUCGGGAGAAUACAGUGUUUUUGGAGAACUGCAAAGCAUUUCCACAAACCUCUCCUCUUUGAAAUCUCAGGGCAUUGACCAACUCUACCCGGAACCCUCGUCCACCGAGACCGAUCGCGAACCGGGAUCACAGCCUCGGCCGUUAAACCACGCGCACUAUCUCCUCCGAAUCAGCAAAUCCCUCCUCUUGAACUUCCUCGAAUUCGUUGGUAUCCUGGCGGUCGAUCCGGAACAAUUCCAGCCCAAGGUGGAGGAUUUGCGCAACUUAUUUAUCAACGCCCACCACCUUCUGAAUUUAUACCGUCCCCAUCAAGCGCGGGAAUCGCUCAUUCUGAUGAUGGAGGAACAAUUGAGUCGGACGCGAGAGGAAAUCCAGCAAAUGGACAAGUUAAAGGCCGAAAUUACCGAAACCCUAGACCAGUUGGAGAAAGAGGGUGCCAAUGUUGGCGCGACGGAGACCGACGAGAAUAACCAGAAAACUCCCGAAUCGAACAAAGAAAGUGCGGAAGAUUCAGCCUUGGUUUGGAAGCUCUUGGACGAGCAAAAUUGA